CAGCAUUAUUUAGCCCAGUCAGUGUGAGUUUUCGGCGGCCGCGCGUACUACGCUCGCUCGGUCUGCUUCAACUUGUAAAGCAUAUAUCCCCAGCACGGAACAAGCACAUUUGGUCGGGGAAUAUCGGCCUUCCGUCGUCCAUGGACUCAUAUGUGGAGCCGGUCGACCUCCGAGUCGCUUGGCAGUGAGUGAGCCGGUUCCUGUCCACCCAGUAGGACCAGUUCCUGUUAUCCCGCUGCAGUCCGUCACUAUGGGACAAUAGCGGACGGAAUCCAUGCUCUUCCUCCAUCCCACCCACCCCUCUUGCACCCUCUUCACAGAAACCCCUGUCACCCAAUAACAAACAAACACAUCCCACCCCACCUGUCUCCACAUCCAGUCAGGCGGUGAAGUGGACAGCAGUCUUGUAAUCUUGCAAAAGUGUAGUGCUUGCAUACGCUUACGCUUUUGACAUGGCAACAGUUGUUUUUGUUGUUGCUGUAGAGUUGCUCAGGGGACAACACAAGCGAGUGCAGGAGGCAGCAUAAAGCUUGCAAAAGGCCAAAAAAACAUCGGUCGGUACUGCCAAAGGGCAUGGAAUUCAUCACGGGGUGAUAAGCACACCAUGCGGCACCGGCAUCGCCCCCUCUCGCCAGUCAGAGAUUGGACCAAAAGUCAACUUUGGAAAUAUUUGGAACAUACUUAAACUGCAAUGAAAAAUGGAGGAAUGAUUUUUUUUCCUUAUUUGGAAUAUCUUUGCCAUUUGUCUAUUUGGUGGUCAACUGAAGUGAAAGCCCACCAUAAGUGCCUUUACAUUGCAUGACUUUUGUCUAUAUUUUUCUACUCUUUGACUUCAUAUCAGGAUUGCUUAUGACAUGACCAACAAAUAGCUGGCAAUCCUCAACUUCCUUCUCCAACAUACUUUUAGAUAGAACGCAGACUUUUGCACAUAGCCUCCGUUCCAUACCACCGCCAUGGUCACUCUGCAGUCCAAAUGGCGUUAUCUGUUCAUGCUCCUGGGCAUCCAACUGGUAGUCAUGGCGCUGCUGUCCCGGGAGGGCUAUCAGAAAAGGGUCAACUACUUCAUACGGAUCUUCCGCAAAUCGGAGCCCGCCGCCGGGUCGGCUCGGAACCACACGGCGGCUGGUGUGCCUGUAGGAUACGUGUACGCUAACCUCUCCCACCUGUACAAGGCGCAGAACAAUGGAGAUGUUUACUACUGUCCCAAAACGUCGCCUCUCUUAGGUGGGCCGAUCCACGUAAGCUUCCCGUCUGGCCUCACGUUGGCCCAGGUGCAGCGCAAGAAUCCGCUGGUGGAACGCGGUGGGCGCUACCGGCCACCUGACUGCGAGGCUCUCCACCGAACAGCCGUGGUCAUCCCCCACCGCCUCCGGGAGCACCACCUCAAGUUCCUGCUCUACUACCUGCACCCAUUCCUGCAGCGACAGCAGUUGAAUUACGCAAUCUAUGUCAUCCACCAGGCGGGCAACUACACAUUUAACCGGGCCAAGCUGAUGAAUGCUGGCUUCCGCGAGGCCAUGCGUGAGGACGACUGGGAGUGCCUCUUCUUCCAUGACGUGGACCUGAUUCCCGAGGAUGAUCGCAACUUGUACACGUGCGACACCAACCCCAAGCACGCUGCCAUCGCCAUGGACAAAUUUGGCUACAAGCUUCCGUACCAGAUGUACUUCGGUGGGGUGUCGGCUCUCACGCCUAGCCACUACCUCAAAAUGAACGGCUUUCCCAACAACUACUGGGGCUGGGGUGGCGAAGACGACGACAUCGGCGUCAGAGUGUCUCUUGCGGGAAUGUCCAUCACACGUCCGUCCCUAAAGGUGGGCCGCUACAAGAUGAUCAAACACAAGCUGGACAAGGGCAACGACGUCAACCCAAAAAGGUUCAACAUGCUGGCCAAAACACGUCAGACGUGGAAGCUGGACGGCAUGAACACGGCUGAGUACGAGAUUGUUUCGCGGGAGUACCUCCCGCUGUACACCAACAUCACAGUCUACAUUGGCACCGAGGCCGGACUGCACCCGCCACCCCACACGGUCCCGAUCACCGGCAAGGUUUCCGCUAAGGCUUCCACCAAGGUUUCCGCCAAGGCCGUCAAAACUGACAAAUAGCCCGUCGUCACGUUAUUUGACCUUAUUCGUCCUCGCGGGGUAAUGUUUAUUUUUCCAUCAGUUAGCAUUGUUGUGAGCAGGACUUGACGCAUAUACAUACUGUGUGCAUAUAUAUAUAUAUAUAUAUAUAUAUUUUUUUUUUUUUUUUUGGGGGGGGGGGAAAUUAUAUCAGCUUCCCGUGUCGUAUUGGACUCCGUGAGUUUAUCGACAGCGCCACUGCGUGCUCACUGCUCAAACCUGCUGAUGCCUUACAAUAUUCGCUCACUCCUAUCUAUCACUAUUGAUGCGCCUUCAAAAUUAAAAAAAAAAAAAAAAAGUUCCCUGUGGGGUUGGCGUGUGAUGCUGCUACAGUCAAAAGGUAUGGCCUGGUGUUCACUUUUCAAAAUAAUCUAUAUUUGGCCAGCGUAUGACACAAAAUGGUGGCCAAAUGGUGCAAAAAAUGUUUUUCUAAAAUUUGUUUGAUGAAUGCAAUCAGGGAUAGUAAUUAUUUAAAAAUGUAUACAAAAUUAGAAGUAUUAAAUAUGGUCACUAUUUCUCCAUCAAUUUCUUAAACUAAUUUUUUGCCAACAAUGAGACCUGUAGCGAACUUCGAUUUGGUCUUAUCAAAUGUCCAAAAAUUUACAUGAUAAAAAUCAACAAUGAAAGUAGAAUAAAAUACACACUCAUUCAAAACAAACAGAUUUAUAACAUUUAAAAAAUACUCAGUAAAUUUAAAAAACUUAAACCUCCCAAAUAUUGUCUACUUUUCAUCAAUAUAUCCAAUAAAAAAUAUUUGUUUUGUUGUACCAAUUAUGAACUCUGAAGGGGACAAUUGGUAAAAUAAAAUUUAAAGGGGUAUUAAUAUUUACUAUUAAAAUAUAUUUUAUAUAUACAAUAUUUUUUUAAUAGUUAUCUAAGAGUUAAUAAAAGAUAUUACCAAUUUCUCUUGUGAUACCCUUUUGACACAUAAAACUGCACUUUUAAUCAUUAGGCCUGAGUAUAAAUCAUUUAAUUGUACAAAUAUUUUCUUUUUUGCCUUUGAAUUAUUUUUUUGUUCCAGAAACUUGGAGGGGAAAAAAAACGUGAUACGCCAUUUAAAAAAAAAAAAAAAAAAAAAAAAAGAAUAAAAGUUCUAAAAUGCAAAAACGUUUCUGAAACUCAAAAGUUAUUUCUUUUUGUUCGUUUUCAGAUUUUUUUUUUUCAAUUUAAAAAAAAAAAAAAAAAAAGCUUUUUGUUGCACCAGCGACAACAUAUACAUCUCCUUCCAUUCAUGCAGUAAAUGUUCACAAUGUGCUCUUUGCCUUUAUCCCCGCCAAGCGUACACAUCAAAUCAAACCUACACCAUUGUGCUUAUACAAAAUCAGUUUAUUCCUAAUCCACGAUCUUGUAAUUAGUGUCUCAGGAAGCCGCCAUCCAAAGAUAACCUGGCAGAAAAAGAGCGUGUAUACCUUCUAGUAUGCAAAGCUCUUUGAGCGUUUAUUCCAUACCCUUGAGAUCCAGUCUAAGUUUUUUUUAAACUCCUGCCUUUCACUGCACCGUGAUAUUUCUGCACACUAAGUAGUUUGGGAUACUAGUAAUUUGAGAACAUGUUACUAGUGAGGAAAAACUGUCCACUAGUUGACUUAGUUAUCUGUUGUGCUAUUAGUACUACAAGCUAGAGCUUCUUGAGCAUUUUAAAUAUCCAGAACGUACUAGUACGUGGACAUUAAGUGUGAUGUCAAGGAUAUGGAAUAAACGCUCAACUAGCUUUCCAUAAGUUAGUGUAAGUGUCCCACGUGAAUCCUGAUGCUUAGCAGCAUAUUGAAGCCACUGUGCAUGUUUGCAGGACAGUGCGCUGUACAAAGUGUCCUCAAGAUGUCAGGAAAUCUGACAUUUCUGGUGUUUAACAUUUUCGUUGCUUUUUGUGGCUAUUAUUGGAAGUUAGUACUGGACUGGGCCACUGUUAGCCCUCUGUGUGUGUGUGUGUGUGUGUGUGUUUCAGCGCAAGAGAGUGGCCUUAUAUUCAGUAAUAAAUGGAUUAUACAAAUGAGCUACCUUUGACUCAUCGCAUUUGUUUUAGUUUUUAGUAGUUCUCCCAUGGCCACACUUGAUGGUUGGAGGAAAAAUAAGUGACUCAGCUGCCAAACAAAUGUUAAGUAAAUUUUAUUUAUCAUGCUUUUCACAGAGGACUUGCUACGUGCUUCACAUUCUUAAAAUGCAGUCUUACUCUACAUAGAUACUAAAACGCAGAAUCAUGUUUUACAGUUCAAACAAGAAUAAACUCAAUCUGAAACAAAUCAAAAACGUAGUCUUACUGGAAUACCUGCUUGAGCAAAUUGGUUUCAUAUGCUUUUUUUUUAAUGGCCACUGAACAGGCAGUUCUUAAGCUGUCGUGCAUUCCACAAUUUGGGGGCAACAGAUGGCAAAUCCUUUAUUGUGAUGGCAGUAUCUCUAUCUGAAUGUUCUGAACUCCUGUUUCAACACCAGAGUGAGUUUUCCUAUGAUGAACAACGUGGGGACUGAGCCCUGCCGCGAAAGUCUAAAAGUCAUUGAAACA